GCCUCUGGCGCGCAGAUCUGAAGAUGGCGGCGGCGGGCGAGUGUAGCAGUUUCGUCAGCAGCUCCGUUAUUCUGGCCCCGCCGGCGGCCGCGGAAGCCGUGGCCACGGAAUGGGUGCUGGAGUUCGUCUGCUCCUGCCUGUGCCGGCACUUCUCGGAGGAGAGCGGGGCGGACUUCGAGCGGUGGAGCGACGUUGCGCAGGCUCUUAUUAAUGGCCUCUCCCAAAUACCUCCACAUCAGAAAAAAAUGGUCUAUCUGUGUCAGAUUUUGAUAAGAAUUGCACAAGGAACAAACCUUGGAUUACAUUUUGAAAAUGAUCAUAGAAUUUCACCUUUGGAAUCUGCUCUGUCUUUCUGGGCUUUACUUGAAAGAGAAGAAAUUAAACUGGAGAAGCUUCAUGAAGAUAUUCAUCGCUUGAUUCAAAUUCAGUGUGUGGCAGUCUAUAUGGAAAGCAGAUACUUCAAGGAAGCUGCUGAAGCUCUUGAAAGGCUGUUUACAGACUCUGAAUCAGAUAAGCCUUUAAGGGUGAAGCUGGCAACCAUUAUAAAAUCCAAGGAUCCAUAUGUUCCUUUUCUCCAAAGCUUCAGUUACAGUCUUUUGAUAAGUAAAAUCAAGACUUACAUUGAMCUUUUCGUGAAAAGAAAUGGAAUUAACUUCUUAAUACAGGAAGCCGCAAAGCAGGUGGARUCUAAAGGAUUGGGAGCAGUAGCAAUGCCUAACAAAUUUGUGGAAGUCAAUGAAAAUAACGAAAGUGAUUCGGAAACAGAACAAGGAUCGGUGAGAGAGGAGCAGUGUAUCACAAGUCAGUCAUCUGGAGAUGUUGAAAACCCCACAGGAAGGAGUCAUUCAGGACAGAGACGCAAUGAGAGCAGAGCUCUUCAGAGUCUUAAUGUGCAGAAUAUGGCGGAAAAUGAAGGUCCUUUGGCUAAUGGCCGAAGAAGACAGCGAUGGACUGACGCAGAAGACAUGGAGCUGAGAUUAGGAGUAAGGGAGUUUGGAGUGGGUAACUGGGCUAAAAUUUUGGUCCAUGGUAACUUCAACAACCGAACAAGUGUCAUGUUGAAAGAUCGGUGGAGAACAUUGAGCAAGAUUGAACAAGGCUGAUCUGGACUGUAGGAAUCAACUCUUGACCUUUCCCUACAUAAGGAAAGGUACCCUAGCUUUUCAGAAUAACAUUUUACUUUAGUUUCAGUGUUCAGCAGUGUUGCUGUCCUAAAAUGUUGAUGUAAGUUCACUUACUUAGGUAAUGAUGACUUAAAUGUAAAGUCUGACCUUUUAGUUUUGUGCAGUAACAGAUUACCUAGGUUCUGACAUGUGAAAAUGGUUGCAGUGAUUCAAGGUCUAUUACGUAAAUAGGGGUAUUAGACCUGACUGGCAACAUCUUUAGCUUGAUAAAGGCUGAUACAAAGUUAAGUGUUCUGUAUUUUUAAAGGUCUAUAUCUCCUGUCAAACUGACCUUUUAUCAUUUAACAUCCUGCCAUAUAAUCCAUUCUAAUUUGUUUUGGUUCACUUUGAAAUUUUGGUCAGACUUGUCAUCUUUGUAAGUUGUAUAAAAAGUAUGCAUAUAUUAGUGUUGCUAAUUUUCUGAGUUGAUGGUUUGUUGUGGUUUUUUCCUGCAGUUAAAAAAUGUAUAAAUUCAUAUAAUUUUGUAUUUGCAAGUAAAAAGGCACAGGGGAUGGGUACUCUCCACUGUCCCUGUCAGCAGUGGCAACAAGCAAAGAUAAAUUUUGACAGGGAUCACUAUCAAAGUAUCUGCUGGCCCCUGCAAAUGUCCUGCUCAAGAGAGACUGAAACAAAUGGAAGAUGACACUAGCUUGUCUCUCUUGAUUCAGAUCAUUKGGAAGAGAAUUCCACAAUCUCAGAAAACUUAGGCUUUCCACUGUCAUACUGCUGUGAACCUCGUGACUUGAACGAAUACAACAGUCUUUUAAAAGUGAAAUCACUUCCAUUCAAAUGUUUUCUGUAUUUUCCUCCUUGGCUAACGUUUUCAUUUUCCAAGAGCUUUCAAGAAAAAGCACCUGUCCGAAUUGGUCAUAAUAAAACAAAGCUCUCCAAGAUAAUUUUCCCCUUUACAAAGGAAAGCAUAUAUUCUUGAAGGCAGAAAUGUUUAGGAAGUAUUAAGAUCAUCUCUGUGCAUUCUGUUUAGGAGGCGUGCUUUCAUUAAGAUUAAAUGGUAAAAUACAGUUCAAAGGUUUGUUUCAUAACAYACUCUUACUGUGGACAGGACCUCAACUAGAUCACCUUCCUCAUUCUUGCCAAGAGGUGCUAUGGUGUCUUCUUGCAGCUGCCAGAAACGGUGGCAAGCUGGAGUCUUUAUGUUCCAUGGAGAUGUUGCAUGUUGUGACAGGAAAUUUUCUCAACCUUAAGGCAUCAUUUCUCUUUUAGCAAAUAUUGUGAAUUUCAGGAUCUCAAUAAUAUUCAAGCUUUGWCAUUCAGCAAUAAAUGCUAGAGCACCUCUGAGGUACCAAUUCAGACAUUCAUAGCAGGUACCUGACAAGUGCAAAAGUGCAGGAUGGAGCCUCUUAAGUGCUGUAACAGUAAUUCAAGGUCAUAAUAGGUAAUGAGCCAAGGGCAGUCCUGCCAGGGCUCAGAUGUUGAGGUUUCUGUGUUAAUUGUUGCAGAUGAGCAUUUUUAACUAGGAAUAAGUGKUUUUUUCACUCGUAGCCAAGGCCUUAGUCACAAAGUCUUGUUUAGGUUCAUCUGCCAGAAAAGCUACACUGUGUAUUAGUGAUAAGAAGUUUGGAGGAGACUAAAUCCUUAACAAUGCUGGCUAGGUAUGUCUUCAUGAAGGUGGCUGAACAGGAAAACUGCAAUGUAGAGGAAGAAUACUUAGGCACUUUUUAGUGAAAAAAAUUCUCUAGAUGAUACCGGGGAGGAACAGAGGACCUAAACUGAAAUUGGCUUUAGUUCUCAAAAAUUUCAUUUUUAUUCACCUUUGCUAUUAAAUGUUGACAGUUAAACUGUUCUCAGACUUUAGAAUGUUUGUCUGGCUCACUACUGAGUAAGGAGUGGUGCCUGURUACAGGCCUGUGGCCAGUAAAGAUUGACAACUUCAGGAAAAGCAACUACUAUGGUUAGAAACAUUAGCUCUUUAUUACAAAAGAGAAACCUGCAAAUAUGUUUCCAURUUUCUACUGUUCUAAUACAGAGAUUAGUCUUAGCAUUUUGUAUUAAGGCAGAGAGAGUUUCCUGAAAUGUUUCUGCCAAGUUUCUGGCUCAUUUAAGAUUUGUUAAUGUUCCAGAAAAUGCAGCAGAAAUAYGUAGGUUUCUUGAUGUUGGUGUUAAUUUUCUUGUUCUUGUUGUUGCCCUUUUAAAGGUCUUUAAACUUUCAUGUAAAAAUAAAACUAUGCACCAGGGGACAGGAACAGUGUUCCAGUUGCCGGAUCUUCUUCCAGGUUCCUUGGCAUUGAGCAUUGCCAAUUGCUUCCCAGUGUAAGAUUUUAUCUCUGAAAUGGGACAAUAAAUGAGAAAUUAGAAGAGUAAAAGUUGUGUACACUUUGCUGCACACUAGAUUGUGUUAUAUAAAAUSUCAGAAGUUUGGAUUUGUUUACUCAUGAAACUUAAAGUCAUCUAGCUCUUAAAACACUUUCUGGAGCAGAUACAUUCCUAAGUGUAGUAUCCAGGAUGGUGGAUUGAGUAGCUGGUUAUACUUAAGUAUGUAUGUUAAUAAAUGURUGGUUCAAAUAAAAAUCAGUUCUGAAUAAUAAAUGUC